GCUCCCUCCCGGCGCCCCCUCGCCCUCCUUCCUUCCUCGCCCGGACGGACGCACUUCCGGCGGAUGUGGGGGGGCAACCCCGGAAACGGAAGUGAGCAGCGGGGCCGGCUGACGGUAACGGGCUGAGAGGCUGUGCGCAGAGCGAGGUGAAGAUGAAUGCCAGAGGACUUGGCUCUCAGCUAAAGGACAGUAUUCCAGUUACAGAACUUUCAGCAAGUGGCCCUUUUGAAAGUCAUGAUCUUCUUCGAAAAGGUUUUUCUUGUGUGAAAAAUGAACUUUUGCCCAGUCAUCCUCUUGAAUUAUCAGAAAAAAAUUUCCAGCUCAACCAAGAUAAAAUGAACUUUUCCACACUGAGAAACAUCCAGGGUCUAUUUGCUCCACUGAAACUGCAAAUGGAAUUCAAGGCAGUGCAGCAGGUUCAACGUCUUCCAUUUCUUCCAAGCUCAAACCUUUCACUGGAUAUUUUGAGGGGUAAUGAUGAGACUAUUGGAUUUGAAGAUAUUCUUAAUGACCCGUCACAGAGUGAACUAAUGGGAGAACCACAUUUGAUGGUUGAAUAUAAGCUCGGUUUACUGUAAUACCGUGUGCUGUUCAUGGAAAUAGAGGGGCUGCGUCUUGUUUACAGUUGUCUUUUUACUAUAAUUUGAUGUACACAACAUUAAAAAUACUGACACAUGAGAAUUUUUGCCUAAAUAGUAUCCGUGAUCAUUUGAAAUCAUUUAGGUCUUUGGUUUAUGUGAUAAUUGAAAGCAGUAAAGGGAGAUGGUUUUAAAACUUCUAAUUUAUAUUAAAACAGUAGCCUUCUAUGUCUUUAAAAAAUGUUGCUAAUUAAUAUUAUAAAACUAUCCACAGGUUCCAGUUCAACCUAUUUCCUAGUUAUUCCAUAAAUUUGAUUUUGAAUAACCAUUAUCAGUGUUUGAGCCUGCAGCCUUCAUAGUAGCAUCUUUCAGAAUAAACAUCUAUAAUUGA